AUGCCUGAUGCGACGGAACGUUGGAAGAGUCUCCAAAUCUCCCCAGGAGAGGAACAUGGCGUUAUACUUGCAGACUAUUCUUGCAAAGUGAGACAACCACAGUCUACCGGAAGUUUAUGGCAGUCAGUAGACAUUGUUUUCAAGUUGAAGACCAAUGCUUCUAUGCCCAUUGGCGAAAGUAAGGUGGACGUAGACGCACAUGUCUCGCAAGUUGGGAACAAACCUUCUACAACCAUUCUCUCAUCGGCAUCAUUUGCAUCUGUUGACGCAUUUCAAUUCUUAUUGGAAUGUCUUCAUGCCACGGACACCCUCGGCAACGUUCGAGUGGUGAAGGUCAUCGUACCCCUUGUAGAGGGACAUAUAGCUAGAUCGGAUGUAGUUUCCUUGCGUCUCUGGGACUCUGAAUAUGUCGAAAAGGUCGUCUGUUUUGCCAGUCCACUUGAGACCUACAAGGGCUUAGCAGUACCAGAGUCAGAUAUCAAUGAUCUACCAACGCUCUUCGCCGCAGCUGCAGCUGGUCUCCUUCUUCGAACCAGCCGUAUUACAGAAAAUGAAGACGUUAUCGAGUCUCUUUCUCACGCAUCAGAGUCAGAGCUUGAGAACAGACUGUCAUUCCCGUGGGUGCUCCCGGGGCUUAUACAAGAAAAGACUCUUGUGCUAGUUGAUGCGAAUAUUUCACAUGCUGGGGAGCUGGGAACUGGGUCAGGGUUGUACCAUGCCGCAAAGAAGCUUGGGAUUAAGCUAAUUGUGUUGGACAACGAGGGAAGCUUACUCCAAGAGCCAGAACAUGCCCAUUGGUGUGAAGCCUACAUUCCGACAAAAUUGACAAAUCCCCCCGAGGCGGACUGUGCUUCUCACAUUCUAGAGUCAGUCAAAACCUAUGGAAGGCCCGUGGAUGGCAUAAUCACAUUUGCAGAUUCUUUUUGGAUCUACAUCUGCGAAGCUGCCGAGAAGUUGGGCCUUCACGCCUCGUCACAGGAGGCGUACAGAAUAGCAACCAACAAGUACCUGACCAGCAAGUAUGAAGGCCAUGAAGCUUUUAGGGCCUCGAGCCUAGAGGAAGCUUUGGAGGUUGCGACGAAGAAUAAGCUCCCAUAUCCCCUGAUUGUCAAACCUUGCGACGGCUGGAGUUCAGAAGGCGUUUCUCGUGUUGACACUUUCGAGGCCCUCGCUACCGCCGUGAAAGCUAUCGAUACGUCCCGCCAUGGCACAGAAUUCGUCAUCGAAAAGUACUGCUCGGGGCCUGAAGUUGAUGCCAACUUCGUUUUGCUCGACGGGGAAGUCUUGUUCUUCGAAGUAUGCGAUGAUUUGCCCAAGUCAGCCGACAUCAACGGGCCAACAGUUGGGUCCAUCACAAACUUCCACGAAUUGAAUAGCGUUUAUCCAUCGAAACUGCCCGAUCAAGAGAUUAGGCUUCUCCGAGACAGCUUCCUCAAUACACUGCUUAAACUGGGCCUAAGAGACGGCAUCAUGCAUCUGGAAGGUCGUGUUGAAAAUUCAACCACGGACUACAAGUUGGUAAAUGGGGUUCUCGACCUGCAUCCAGUCGACCCAUCCUCAGGGGCGCAUGAGAAGCCUUCAGCCUGGCUGAUCGAGAUCAACCCGCGCCCUCUGGGUAUGACAGGCUCACAAAUCAUUGAGUCCACUUAUGGCAUUGACUACUGGGGCCUGGCCCUCCUUAUUGCCGUCGGCGACAAGGCUCGCGUUCGAGCACUAUCGCGGCCAUACCUGCACGGAGCCCAGUACACAUGCAUCAUGGUUUUCAUUCCCGCGGAUUUCCCGGUCCAUUUAAAGGGGAUCUUUGAUUCCGACGAUAUCUGCGUUGAUUUGAAGAAUCGACGCCCAGACCUUGCCAACCAGAUCAGCCGUUGUGCCUGUCUUGUCAAGCGUGGGCAAAAGGUUGCUCAUCCCAGCUCAGGCCGCAAUAGUUUCUUGGCAUACUUCAAUGUAUUUUCCAGGAACAGCAGGGAGGAGGCACUUGAAUUUGCACAGCAGGUUAGAGAAGAGGUUCGUUAUUCGUUCCUCUAG